UCAAUUACCACACCCCUCAGGGUAGUUCAGUACUUUUGUACCGGAUGUGACAUUAUAUAAGGAUCCAUUACGACGCACCAGAUGUUCACUCUUAUUUCAGUACUGGCUGUAGCAACGGUAUUGACUGCAGCAAGCAUCUGGAUCUGCAAUGAUAGCGACGCAGAAGAAUUGCCAAGUCGAAGAUAUAACAAACGCAGAGUUCUGUACGAAAACCACAAGAAGACAACCAAGUAGAAGAGACGCAGUGUUCUUAUACAGGGUGCGAUCAUGGCAAGCAGAGCGUCGUCAACUGCGAUGUGGCUACCCUCGGAUCUCCUCGCACUAUGUCACUCUAUCACAAAUCCGACAUCAGAAAACUCAACAGAUAGCACUUCUCGACCCGACCAUCGAUGUGGCCAGGAUGGUUCCCUAUCUCCUCUUCGGCCUCGACACCAAUCUCAUAAAGAAUCGGCACAGAAACUACCCUUUCCACUACUACAACUCCCACUUGAUAUCUUGGCACUACACCUGCCGACUCACCUUCCGUACGAUGCUCUGAUCUCUCUCCGUCUUAGUAAUCGAGAUCUAUUUAAAGCAAUAUCAAUCAUCAAGAGAAGUAGUUGGGACACUUUGACCGAGUGUGAGAGAGGAGCCAUCCUCACUGCCGCCGGAGAGAAAGAAGAGUUAUCGACACGCAGGUGUUGCACAGUCUGUAGGAGCUGGUACCCUCUGGCAUUGUUCGCGUGGGGGCCGAAUUCAGGGACAGCACAAGGCGGCGAUCAGGGAUGUGAGGGCGGCUUGUUCGAGAACCGCGUAUGCAGAUGGCAUAGGACAAGAUUUGAGCGUACUCUUUCGAGCCUGACGACAGAUAAGAAUAGAGUGAAGCCGGGCUGGGCGGUAGAAGAAGCAUGUAUGCAUUGUGGAGGCGUUCUAGCAUGGAAUAGAUGUGAUUGUCUUUUUGCUUGCCAGACUUGUUGGAAGAGGGAUGUUUGGUGCUAUACACACAUUGACAUGGCUGUGAAUUCUGGUGCUUAGAGGAGCGAUUUCAGAGAGUUUCCGAUCCUGUAAUUCAAUCAGUCAUAAGCUUUGACUACGCUUCCACGGAACGUGCGAUCAAGUACGAGACAAGAUGAAGUGAAGAGAGUGCCAUGUGGGACACG